AUGCGCCCUCUGACUCCCGCGGCAUCAGGACAGGAGACUCGCUCUGCCCCACCUGAAGUCCAUAUGGCUCUGUAUGAUGAGGACCUCCUGAAAAAUCCCUUCUACCUGGCUCUUCAGAAGUGGCGUCCUGAUUUGUGCAACAAGGUGGCCCAAGCCCAUGGCAUUGUGUUAGUACCCUGCAAAGGAAGCCUGUCAACCAGAAUUCAGUCUACUUGUCAAUUUGAGUCCUAUGUUUUGAUUCCAGUGGAAGAACACUUUCAGACCUUAGAUGGAAAGGAUGUCUUUAUCCAAGGAAACAGGAUUAAACUAGGAGCUGGUUUCGCCUGUCUUCUCUCAGUGCCCAUUCUUUUUGAAGAAACUUUCUACAAUGAGAAAGAAGAAAGUUUCAGCAUACUGUGCAUAGCCCAUCCUUUGGAAAAGAGAGAGAGUUCAGAGGAGCCUUCGACAUCCUCAGAUUCUUUUUCCCUGAAAACCAUCGAGGAUGUGAGAGAGUUUUUGGGGAGACACACGGAGAGAUUUGACAGGAACAUCGCCUCUUUCCAGCGAACGUUCAGAGAGUGUGAAAGAAAGAGCCUCCGUCAUCACAUAGACUCCGUGAACGCUCUCUACACCAGAUGCCUCCAGCAGCUUCUGAGGGACUCCCACCUGAAAGUGCUCGCCAAGCAGGAGGCCCAGAUGAACCUGAUGAAGCAGGCGGUAGAGAUGUACGUCCAGCAUGAUAUUUACGACCUGAUCUUCAAGUACGUGGGGACCAUGGAGGCAGCAGAGGAUGCUGCCUUUAACAAAAUCACGAGGAGCCUUCAAGAUCUUCAGCAGAAGGAUAUCGGUGUGAAACCUGAGUUCAGCUUCAACAUACCUCGAGCGAAGAGGGAGCUGGCUCAGCUGAACAGGUGCACGUCCCCGCAGCAGAAGCUGGCUUGUUUGCGGAAGGUGGUGCAGCUGAUCACCCAGUCUCCCAGCCAGAGAGUUAACUUGGAGACCAUGUGUGCUGAUGAUCUGCUGUCAGUUCUGUUGUAUUUGCUUGUGAAAACAGAGAUCCCUAAUUGGAUGGCAAACUUGAGUUACAUCAAAAACUUCAGAUUUAGCAGCUCAGCCAAAGAUGAACUGGGAUACUGCCUGACCUCAAUCGAGGCUGCAAUCGAAUACAUUCGGCAGGGAAGCCUCUCUGUUAAGCCAGAGUCGGAGGGAUUUGGUGACAGACUGUUCCUUAAGCAGAGAAUGAGCUUACUGUCUCAGCUGACCUCAACACCCAUCGACUGCCUGUUUCAGCACAUUGCAUCAGGUAACCAGAAGGAAGUGGAGAGACUUCUGAGCCAGGAAGACCAAGAUAAAGAUGCCGUCCAAAAGAUGUGUCACCCUCUGUGUUUCUGUGAUGACUGUGAGAAACUCGUCUCUGGGAGGCUGAAUGACCCCUCAAUUGUCACUCCAUUCUCCAGAGACGACAGGGGUCACACACCGCUCCAUGUGGCUGCCCUCUGUGGGCAGGCGUCCCUCAUCGACCUCCUGGUUUCCAAGGGCGCGGUGGUGAACGCCACGGACUACCACGGCUCCACCCCGCUCCACCUUGCGUGUCAGAAGGGCUAUCAGAGUGUGACGCUGUUACUGAUGCAUUACAAAGCCAGCGCCGAAGUGCAGGACAACAACGGCAACACCCCGCUGCACCUGGCCUGUACCUACGGCCAUGAGGACUGCGUGAAGGCUCUGGUCUACUUUGACGUGCAGACCUGCAGACUGGACAUUGGUAACGAGAAAGGAGACACCCCCCUGCACAUCGCUGCCCGCUGGGGUUACCAGGGCAUCAUCGAGACCUUGUUGCAGAACGGGGCAUCCACGGAGAUCCAGAACAGGCUGAAGGAAACGCCCCUCAAGUGUGCGUUAAACUCAAAGAUUCUGUCCAUCAUGGAAGCCCACCAUCUGUCCUUGGAGAGGAGGCAGAAGUCUUCAGAGGUGUCUGUGCAGGCCCCUCCGUGCUCCAUGGACUCCAUCAGCCAGGGCUCCUCCACCUCCAGCUUCUCCUCCGCGUCGCUGAGCUCCAGGCAAGAGGAGCCCAAGAAGGACUACAGGGAGGUAGAAAAACUUUUAAGAGCUGUUGCUGAUGGAGACCUGGAAAUGGUGCGUUACCUGCUGGAGUGGACGGAGGAGGACCUGGAUGAAGCGGAGGAUGCUGCCGGGGUGGCGGACCUUGAGUUCUGUCACCCUUUGUGCCAGUGCCCCAAAUGCGCUCCAGCUCAAAAGAAGCUGGCAAAGCUUCCCGCCAGUGGGCUUGGUGUGCAUGUGACCGACCAGGACGGCGCCUCCCCGCUGCACGUUGCUGCCCUGCACGGCCGGGCGGACCUCGUCCUCCUCCUCGUGAAGCACGGCGCCAGCGUGGGGGCCCGCGACGCCAGCCAGGCUGUCCCACUCCACCUGGCCUGCCAGCAGGGCCACUUCCAGGUGGUGAAGUGCCUAUUAGAGUCGAAUGCAAAACCCAAUAAAAAGGACAUAAGUGGAAACACACCCCUCAUUUAUGCCAGUUCCAGAGGCCACCAUGAAGUUGCAGCGCUGCUGUUGCAGCAUGGGGCCUCCAUCAAUGCUUCCAACAACAAGGGCAACACAGCACUGCAUGAGGCUGUGAUAGAAAGGCACGUCUUCGUGGUGGAGCUGCUACUGCUUCAUGGAGCAUCGGUUCAAGUCCUGAAUAAGAGGCAGUGCACAGCGAUCGACUGUGCUGAACAGAAUUCAAAAAUAAUGGAAUUGCUUCAAGUUGUACCAAGCUGUGUGGCCACAUUAGACGACAUUGGUGAAACAGACCACAGCGACUACGUCACUGUUAAGAUCAGGAAAAAAUGGAAUUCAAAAAUGUAUAAUCUACCAGAUGAACCUUUUACCAGACAGUUUUACUUUGUCCACUCCGUUGGUCCAUUUAAGGCAAGGACUUCAAAGGAGAUUAUGGCACGAGAUAGAAGUGUCCCUAAUCUCACUGAAGAUUCUUUGCAUGAGCCAGGGAGACAGAGAGUCACACAGAAGCACAAGAACCUGCCAGACCAGGGCAGGUCUGAGACCACUGACAAAGGAAACGAUCAGCCGGAGAGGCCUGGACCGAGGCAAACUGCUCCCAGAAACAGGCGAAUGCUCCGUAGACACACAGUCGACGAUACAGUUGUACCCAAGGGCCCAGAGACUGCUGGCAACCUGACCACUCCCCAAGAGGCUAGCAUUUCCCAGUCUUAA